ACAGAUGGAUUAUGGAUAUUUUAACCAUCCAUUCCUCGGUUUGCUCUUUCUCCCUCCUCUGGUUUCUCCCAUCCCAGCCAAGAUCAACAAUUGUGUGCCUACUAAUUUACUGUUCAAAAUGAAGAAAAAGACCGAUAUCAUUUCCUGGAAAGAGUCCUCCCAUUUGACCAGUAAACUGUCUAGUAACAAAGUAUUCGUCUGCGUGAACAAACGUGAAAACACUUCAAUGGGAAGACUUUCAGAGUUUUUUGCGUGCUCUUUCUUAUUCUUCAUCUUAACCACCUGCACCACACCAGUUAUUAUUAACCCAAGCAACUCCAUAACAGAUGGUGAGACUCUAGUUUCAGCUGGCGGAAGCUUUGAACUGGGAUUUUUCAACCCUGGAAGUUCAAACAACCAAUAUUUGGGAAUAUGGUAUGUGAAGUCUCCGGAGCCGGUGGUUGUGUGGGUAGCAAACAGAGAAGUUCCUCUUUCAAAUAAAUUCGGGGCCCUGAAUAUCUCCAGUCAAGGGGUACUUGUCAUAUACAGUAGCACAAACGAUAUUGUUUGGUCGUCAAACCCAUCAAGAACUGCAGAAGAUCCAGUUGCAGAGCUCCUGGAGUCAGGUAAUCUGGUUGUAAGAGAAGGAAAUGAUAAUAACCCUGAUAACUUCUUAUGGCAGAGUUUUGAUUAUCCUUGUGACACAUUACUUCCGGGAAUGAAAUUGGGAUUCAACUUGGUAACUCGGCUGGACAGAUUUCUGUCAUCUUGGAAGAGUGACGAAGAUCCUGCUCGAGGAGAAUUUACUUUUCUUGUAGAUCCUAAUAAUGGGUAUCCGCAGCUACUUUUGAAGAGCGGGAAUGCAAUACAAUUAAGAACCAAAUUACCCUCCCCUACUCCAAAUAUUACGUUCGGUCAAAAUUCCACUGAUUUUGUGCUCAAUAACAAUGAGGUCUCUUUUGGCAACCAAAGUUCAGGUUUUUCAAGGUUUAAACUUAGUCCAUCGGGCCUUGCAAGCACCUACAAAUGGAAUGAUCGAACACAUUCUUGGUUGGUUUAUUCUUUGUUGGCGUCCGAUUGGUGUGAAAAUUAUGCACUUUGUGGUUCAUUUGCAAGCUGUGAUAUAAAUGCAUCUCCUGCGUGUGGAUGCCUGGAUGGAUUCGUGCCCAAGUCUCCAGAAAGCUGGAAUUUGGGUGAUUGGUCAGGCGGGUGUAUCCGGAAAACUCCAUUGAAUUGCAGCGAUAAAGAUGUCUUUACGAAAUAUACAGUUAGUAAACUUCCAGAAACAUCUUUUUCCUGGUUUGACGAGCGCAUCAAUCUCAAGGAAUGUGAGGUAAUAUGUUUGAAGAACUGCUUCUGCACAGCUUAUGCAAAUUCAGAUAUCAAGGGAGGUGGAAGUGGCUGCCUGAUUUGGUCCCGUGACCUGAUUGAUAUAAGAGGGUCAGAUGCGGAUGGACAAGUUCUCUAUGUUAGGUUGGCUGUUUCAGAAUCAGGAGUAGCCGUGGAAAAAGGGAACAACAAUGGGAAGAAGAAAGCAGGGAUAAUUGCCAGCACCGUUGUAUUUGGCAUGGGCAUGCUAAUGUUAGGAAUGAUCUUCUGCAUUCGGAGGAGGAAAUUUAGAAUGAAUGAUAACUUCAAGGAUGUAAGGAAAGAAGACAUGGAGUUUCCGAUAUUUUAUUUGAGCACCGUUGCAAAUGCCACUGGUAAUUUUUCAAGCAGAAACAAGCUGGGUGAAGGUGGUUUUGGACCAGUAUAUAAGGGAAUAUUGGCAGAAGGACAAGAAAUAGCAGUGAAAAGACUUUCGAAGAGUUCUGGUCAAGGAUUGAACGAGUUCAAAAAUGAAGUUAUAUUAAUAGCUAAACUUCAACACCGCAAUCUCGUCAAGCUUCUUGGGUACUGCAUCCAUGAAGAUGAAAAAAUGUUAAUAUAUGAAUACAUGCCUAACAAAAGUUUGGACUUCUUUAUUUUUGACCAGACAAGAAGAAAAUUACUGGAUUGGAGCAAGUGCAUGAACAUUAUUGUUGGAAUUGCUCGAGGGCUUCUUUAUCUCCACCAAGACUCCAGGCUGAGAAUAAUCCAUAGAGAUAUCAAAGCCAGCAACAUUUUACUAGAUAAUGAGCUAAACCCAAAAAUUUCAGACUUUGGCCUUGCUAGAAUGUUUCGUGGAGAUCAAACGGAGGCCAAUACUCAUAGGGUGGUUGGAACAUAUGGCUACAUGUCUCCUGAGUAUGCAUCAAAUGGACACUUCUCUGUGAAAACCGAUGUCUUUAGCUUUGGUGUCCUAGUCCUGGAGAUAGUGAGUGGAAACAAAAACAGGGGAUUUCGUCACCCGGACCAGACCCUCAACCUUCUUGGGCAUGCAUGGAUACUUUGGAUUAAAGGGACACCCUUGGAAUUGAUCGAUGAAUGCUUGGCCAACUCUAGCAAUGUGUCUGAAGUGCUAAGAUGCAUUCAUGUGGCUUUAUUAUGUGUGCAACAACGACCCGAAGAUAGGCCAAACAUGCCGACUAUUGUUCAAAUAUUAGGCAAUGAGAAUCCAUUGCCUCAGCCUAAACAGCCUGGAUUUUUCAUCGGAAGAAACCCACUUGAGCAGGAUACUUCAUCUAACCGGAACAAUGUUUACUCAGCAAAUGAAGCUAGUUUGACAUCAUUAGAGGCACGGUAACUCAUCACUUGAAAAUUCGAGUAAAAGAGAGAGAUCAGACUAAGCCAAUCAAUAAGAUUUCAUGGUUUCAGCAAUUCUAUUUGCUGAUAUCCAAUCUUGUUCCGGUUCUACCGUUCCAAAAUGGCAUGAUAGAGCUAUAAAUAUCUUAAGAGAACAAUCAGUUUAUCAAUGCCAGCCAAGCUGGCCACUCUUGCUUGCAAUGGAUCAGACAUUGUAACUUCCUGGUUUGUGUAAACUUUAUUUUCAUGGUAUACUUUUCUCAUUUUAUUCGUCUUUUUCCUUCGUUGUGACUUGUGCUACAUGAAUUUUGAUAAUAAUUAGCCUCUUGGUAUUAAUUGUUUAUUUAUUAUUU